UUGUCAAAAUGUCCUCUACUUGCUAAGAAAAAUCAUCACCUUGACUUUUAACUUUAUUUGGCUAGAUUCUGAUUCUCAAUUCACACAACUGCAAAUAAAAGGGCCAAAAAUUAUUCUACUCUUUUUUCCAACACACAAAGAGUAACCACAAAAGAGCUCAGUAUUUUUCAACACUCACCCAAAGCAUUUCAAUGAGUUUCUUGAAAUGGGUUCUUGUCUUUUCCACUCUAUGCAUAUUUUUAGCAACACCCAACUUAUCUGUUUCUUUCUUGAACUUAGAGGAUGUGCAAAAUAGUUCAACUCAUUUCUUGAAUAUUGCAAAAAGUCCUGGACUUUUUGAUUGGAUGGUGAAAAUUAGGAGGACUAUACAUGAAAAUCCUGAGUUGGGUUUUGAGGAAUUUGAGACUAGUAAACUUAUUAGAAAUGAACUUGAUAAAAUGGGAAUUUCUUAUAAGUAUCCUGUUGCUGUUACUGGUGUUGUUGGUUUUAUUGGGACUGGAAAACCACCUUUUGUUGCUCUAAGAGCUGAUAUGGAUGCUCUUCCUAUACAGGAGGAAGUGGAAUGGGAGCACAAGAGUAAAAUUCCGGGCAAGAUGCAUUCAUGUGGACACGAUGCGCAUGUUGCUAUGCUUUUGGGUGCUGCUAAGAUUCUUCAGGAGCAGCACGAUGAUUUGCAGGGAACUAUUCUUUUGGUUUUUCAGCCAGCUGAGGAGGGAGGUGGAGGAGCAAAGAAAAUGCUUGAAUCCGGGAUAUUUGAUAAUGUUGAUGCCAUUUUUGGUCUGCAUAUUUCCGCAACUUCUCCUAUUGGCACGGUUACUGCCAGUUCUGGCCCUAUCAUGGCUGGCAGUGGCUUCUUUGAGGCAGUAAUAAAGGGGAAAGGCGGUCAUGCAGCAAUUCCUCAGCACACUAUAGAUCCAAUAUUAGCAGCUUCCAACAUUAUAGUUAGUUUGCAACAUCUUGUUUCGCGGGAAGCAGAUCCUUUGGAUUCACAGGUUGUUACGGUCGCAAAGUUCAAAGGUGGUGGUGCAUUUAAUGUUAUACCUGACUCUGUCACCAUCGGUGGAACUUUCAGGGCAUUCUCAAAAGAAAGUUUCUCGCAACUUAAACAGAGACUCGUAGAGGUUAUCACACGCCAAGCUGCUGUACAAAGGUGCAAUGCAACAGUUGACUUCGAUACCAGUAAUAGGCCGUUUUAUCCGGUGACAGUAAAUAAUAAGGCUUUGCAUGAACAUUUCCGAAACGUAGCUGGACAGAUGCUGGGUACCGACAAGAUCAUUGAAAAGAAACCUACGAUGGGCACAGAAGAUUUCUCAUUCUUUGCCGAGGCUUUUCCUGGAUACUUCUACUUACUUGGAAUGGUUGAUGAAACUAAAGGACAAUUUGUGUCAGGGCACUCCCCUUUCUACAGAGUCAAUGAAGAUGCACUUCCAUAUGGUGUUGCUUUACAUGCAUCGUUAGCCACGACUUACCUUCUUGAACAUCAGCUCAAAUCAACCACUAAGGACAGAAAUGUUCGUGAUGAAUUGUAAGGUCCUCCGAGAGUCCUAUAACCACCUCGUGGAUGAAAAGAAACGAUAACCACUAUAGUUUUUUAUACACAAUCGAGGAAAAGGUGUUUUAUCUCUUUCUAUUCGUUUAAUAUCUAAACGUGCUCGAAAUCAAGUUGGUGUAGGAGCUUGUUUGGUUGACAAUCCAAAAAAUGCUCUGGCCAUCGGUGGCACCAGGUGGCACUGUUGGUGCAAGUUAUAAAGAAUCUUGGUCUCAUUAUAUAGUUCUGUAUAUAUCUUUUUCCAAUGUGACUUGCACUCAAUCCUACUGCUUAUUUAAGGUCGGAAGUUUUUCUCUGUUCUA